AUGCCCUUCCUGCUCUGCUGCAGCCUGCUCGCCGCACUCGCAAAGGAGGAGUGCGCCGACUCCUCCUCUCUGGCCGUCGGCCAGCUGGCGGGAAAGCUCGCCGUCAUCACUGGCGCAUCGCGUGGCGUUGGAGCCGAGCUCGCACGGGUGUACGCCCGUGAGGGAGCGUUUGUUGUGGUGAACUACUUCAGCAGCAAGGAGAAGGGCGAAGCCGUCGCCGCCGAGAUCAACGCCGCGUGGCCGUCGCGCGCCCUCGCCGCGCAGGGCGACGUGACGGUCAAGGAGGACAUGGUGAAGCUGGUCGCUGAUGCCGAGACGCACUUUGGCAGGAAGGUCAGCGUCGUUGUCAACAAUGCGCUGCCCCGCUACAAGUUCGACCCGGGCUCAUCCAUGGCGAGCAUUAAGACGGUGUCGACAGAGGACCUGGAGCAGCAGAUGAGAGGUACGCUCGCCGGCGCCGUCAACAUGGUGCAGGCAGCGCUGCCCUCGUUUGAGGCGUCCAAGUUCGGGAAGGUGGUCAACAUCGGCUCCAACCUCGUGUACAACCCUGUCGUCACGUACUACGACUACACCGCGGCGAAGGCGGCGCUCGCGGCGCUCGUCGGCCUCACGCGCAACCUCGCCGCGGAGCUGGGGCCGUCCGGCGUGCGCGUCAACCUGGUGGCGGGCGGCCUGCUCGAGACGACCGACGCGUCGGCCCUAACGACCAAGGAGGUGUUUGGCUUUGUGUCCGCUGGCACGCCACUGCGCAAGACGACGACGGUCAACGAUUUUGCCGAGGCGCGGCGCUGCCACACACACACACAGGCGUGCGUCUUCUUCGCCUCGGACGCGUCGAACGCGGUGACCGGGCAGAGCCUGUCGGUCGAUGGCGGGCUGACGAUGCCCUGA